UCGCGUCGGUUCGGUUGUCAUUUAUAUUCCCUUGUCUGUGUCACCAGUAAGUUGUCUGCUUGUUGUUCACAUUUCCCAACUUAUUGUUUUAAUCUUUAAACAGUUAAUUCUAACGUUGUAGUUCAUACCUUAACCUUUGAUAAAUAGUUAAGAUUACUAUUUUGUUGUAACAAUGGGAAAUAGGAGCUCUCUCCUCUUACGAGAAGAAGAAAUCGCUCAAAUUCAAGAAGAAACUGGAUUUACACCUAACCAGAUAGAACGUCUGUAUUCUCGGUUUACAAGUCUGGAUCGAGGAGAUUGUGGAACACUGAGCAGAGAGGAUUUCCUCCGUAUUCCAGAGCUUGCUAUCAAUCCCUUGGGAGAUCGAAUCGUUCAUGCUUUCUUCGGAGACUCUGGCAAUGACAGGGUCAACUUCAGACAGUUCAUGCAAGUUUUGGCAAGAUUUCGACCAAUCAAAAAGUCUAAAGACAACAAACUGAAUUCAAGGGAACAAAAACUUCGCUUUGCUUUCAAGAUGUACGACCUGGACAAUGAUGAAAUGAUCUCUAGGGAUGAGCUCUUAGCAAUCCUACAUAUGAUGGUUGGAGCCAAUAUCAGUGAGGAACAGCUGACAUCAAUAGCCGAGCGAACAAUUCUGGAGGCAGACCAAAGUGGUGACCAGAUGAUUUCAUUUGAAGAGUUUUGCAAAGCUUUGGAAAGGACUGAUGUAGAACAGAAAAUGUCUAUUAGGUUUCUCAAUUAAUUAUUGCUAUUGGCCUAAUGUUGCUUAGUUUCUAGAAUUAAAUAAAUAUGCAUUUUUUAAGUUUAACAUUUUUUCGCUAUUGUACUGUAAUGUACAUUGUUAACAGAACAUAAAAUAUGAUUAUGCUACGAUACACACCUACAGAGAGAUAAUUUGUUUUAAAGCCAAAUUUGCUUCUUUUGUAGCCUAGCUACAAAAGCCUUGACAAAGCAUGUAACAUUGUUUCUUGUGAUAUGUUGGGGUCUUUAAUAGUAUGUCUUAAAGAAAUUUCAGUAAAUUUAUUAGAUAAGUGGUAAAGAGGCUGUCAUAAAAAAGUGUGUUUUUAUCGUGUUGAUGAGACUAAAAUAAUCAAGUAAAUUCACACAAGCCAAUGUGAUACUUCGUUACCAGAAAAUGUUAAAUUAAUUUAAUUUUAUAUUGCUUUAAAUAUUACUUUCUACUACUAGUAUUUCCUUUUGAUCGUAUGUAAUAGAAAAUGUGUAUAAAUUGGAAAAAAUAUUUUACUAAAAUAUAUAUAUUGGAAAGCA